AUGGGUGGUGGGAGCUGCGAUGUGUGCAAGGAGGCGCCGUCCAAGUACAAAUGCCCCACCUGCCGCACGCCCUAUUGCUCUGUGAUAUGCUUUAAAAAACACAAAGUUGAAUUCUGCCAAAAGAUAGUGCCCCAGGAAGAAACUAACAAGCCGUCGCUGCAGGAGGAAGUUACGACGAGCUCUGUGUUGCUGGAAAAAGGAACAGAUUAUUCUAAUAUCAAGGAUCAGCUUCCCUCUUUAAGUAAAAACCCUGAUGAGGACCAGCUUCCCUCUUUAGCAGCGGACACAACAUGCCCUGCACAAUCUCCAAACACAGUGUGCCCUACAAAAGCUCUUGAAGUUGAGGAUCCAAGCUGGCUUGUUGACCGGAAUAGAUUAAGGUCCUUAGUUGAAUUAAAUGAAGUCAGAGAUGCUCUCAGGGACUCUGAACUGCAGAAAAUGAUACUUCAAAUUGAUGGCUCUUCAGAACCAGAAAAGGAAUUGGAGAAAUUGAUGGAAGGACAAGCUUUUCAACAGUUCGCCAAUAAGAUUCUUGACAUUAUCAGUGCACAACAAUGA